GUCCACUGGCUGUAAAGCACGCAGCAGCUUACAAAACACGGACAUUUGCAGUUCUCACGUGUACUGUUGCGUUAUGCAAACACUGGAGUCAGUGCUCUGAAACUGCUGAACAUCGAAGGUGGAAAAAUGAGAAACAGACCGACGAAGUCAGAUGCCUCUGAAUCAAAGAGUAAAGUGAAGAAGAGGACAAAAGGAAACUCUGCUCCAACUCUCUCCAAAAAACUACGGGUGAAAGAUGGAGAGACUUCCACUCAAGGUCCACCGCCACCUCCCAAGUCUGCAGGAGUCCAGAAGAGAGGUUGGCAUGGAAGCAUCCUGCACUAUAUUUAUAAAAGCACGUUGGGCCAAAGUCUGCAUUCACAGAUGAGACAGUGUCUUCAGGAGCCUUUUGUCCGCUCACUAUCGUCCUAUCAUUUCCACGGUGCCACUAGUCCCUUCGACCGCAGGAUCACCUGUCUGGAGUGGCACCCCACUCACCCCACCACUCUAGCUGUGGGCUCCAAAGGUGGGGACAUCUACCUGUGGGACUUUAAGGCGCCCGCAAAGAAAACAUUCUUACAAGGGGGCGGAGCAGGAGACUUUAUCGGAGGGAUGAAGUUCUGCCCAACGGACCUUUCCAAAGUCUAUGUGGCUUCUGGUCAGGGAACGUUGACCGUGCAGAGCUUUGAGGGCCGCGGGCCCACCAUUCUGUCCAGAACUCAAGACUGUGGCCACGAUCACCACGACGUCUGUUAUUGGUACUGCUGUGUAGAUGUGUCUGUGAGCAGACAGAUGCUGGUGACAGGAGACAACGUGGGACAGCUGUUACUGCUGAGUCUGGAUGGGCAGAAGAUUUUUGGUGAAAGGUUGCACAAAGCCAAAGUGACCCAUGCGGAGUUCAACUCCCGCUGUGAUUGGUUGUUGGCGACUGCCUCAGUUGACCACACGGUGAAGCUGUGGGACCUGAGAAACAUCAAAGACAAGACAAGCUUCCUCCAUGAAAUGCCUCAUGAGCGCGCGGUCAACUCAGCUUAUUUUAACCCUCUGGACUGCUCAAAGCUGCUCACCACUGACCAGUACGACCAGAUCCGGGUCUACUCGUCACCUGAUUGGUCGAAGCCUCAACAUAUCAUCCAACAUCCUCACAGACAGUUUCAGCAUCUCACACCCAUUAAGGCCACAUGGCACCCUGUCUAUGACCUCAUUGUAGCGGGCCGUUACCCUGAUGAUCGGAUUUCCCCCGGUGAUAAGAGGACCGUCGACAUCUUUGAUUCCAACACCGCAGAACUUGUGUAUCAGCUGCAAGAUCCCAAUGCUGCAGGGAUCAAAUCUGUCAAUAAAUUCAAUCCAAUGGGAGAUGUGCUUGGAUCAGGAAUGGGUGUAACGGUGCUGGUCUGGGACAGAAACGAGUCAUUGAUCGGCGAUCGGGACACAGCUGAGAAAGAAAGCUCAGCGGACGGGUUGAAAAGCCAGAGGAGGACUCAGCCACGCUCCGGCAGGGACAGGAGAGGACUCCCUGUGGACGCAAAGCUCAAGAAGAAGCUUGCUUCUCUGGAAGAAUCGGAGACCAAAACAAAGACCAAGACUGUGUUUACCAAACAAAAACAAUCCCGGACGCAGAAGAAGUAACGGAUAAAAGCCUGAAAACAGAUGUGCAUAUUCCUCUGUUAUUUUCUGUUGUGCCUCAAACUUCAGGGAUUGUUUGAAUGUUAAGAAAUGUUUCAUAUAUUUGUUGUUUAUCUCUACUCUUGUAUGUUCUCACAAAAGCUUUUCUACUGUAUUAUAAUAAAACUUUUCUAAUGCAA